AUGAACCUGUUUACGACGGUCCUCCUUGCGCUGUCCGUGGCAUCGCUGGGCACAGCGGUGCCGUUGGACAACUACGGAGCAUUCGCCUCGAGUUUGUCGGCUGGUCCGACGAACGUGGUGGAUAGUCAUGGUGGCGGUGUCGGCAACAUGCCCAACCUUCAGUUCUCGCGCAUGAAGCAGCAUGGCGACGGCCAGAACCCGAUCUUUGUGGACGGUGAGCCCGUUCGCCUGGCUGGCCACGCUGCGCCGAAGAGCUCGAGUACGUCGAAGGAAAGUGGCGUCAAGACUGUGUACCACAAUAACCAGUUGGGUGUGAGUGUGCCGACCCUUGAGGAAUUCAACAGCCGUGGCAAGGCGCAGGCCGUCUCGUUGCUGAAGAAGCAGACGCGAGGCAAAAGCAGUAUUUCGCCGCAGCAAAAGUCGGUGAUUCAGCAGCGUUUGAAUGCGCUCACGUCGUCUGAUGGGGCUAGUGUGCCCUCUGCGUAUGCGCACCAUGCUCACACGCCGGUGCAUCACAAGUCGGCUCAGCACAAGAAGGGACCCAAGCGUCUCCAUGUGUCAAAGAAUGGCAAGUCGGCGUCGAAGCGCUCGAGUUCUGCUGGCGUCGCGCGGCCGUCGUCCGUAUCGCUGAACAAGGAGCAGUUGCGCCUGCUCCAGUCGGCGUCCAAGAUGGUCGAGUCGAUGGCGAAGCGUCACGAUGGCCACGUCUUUGAGGCCAUCGAGUCGGUCUCUGACGACGGCUCGUCAAAGACGUCGUCGGCGUCGAGUUCAGACGCCCCGGUGUCGACCAAGUCGAAGAGCUCGACAUCUAGCAAGAAGAGCUCGACAUCUAGCAAGAAGAGCUCGACGUCUAGCAAGAAGAACUCGACGUCUAGCAAGAAGAGCUCGACGUCCAGCGACGCAAAGAGCACGACGACGUCUAGCAAGAAGAGCGCGGUGACGUCCGCCAAGGGCAAGAUGCGCAAGUGCCGUCCGCGCAAGAAGUUCACGUCGAAUGCGUCGGUCAAGACGGUCACGCUCUCGCCGAGCUCGACGUCCUCGUCGUCAAAGGGCCAUGGUGUGACGGUGUCGCAGGGCAGUUCCGAGUCGCUUCGCUACGGCAAGACGAUCUCGCUCGGCGAUGACCGAUCGGUAGAUGAUGGAUCGGAUGUGAUUCAGAAACUCUUGCUGUAG